GGCGAGGGGGUGACAAGAUGGCGGCGGAGCCGGUGGAGCUGCACAAGCUGAAGCUGGCAGAGCUGAAGCAGGAGUGCCUGGCGCGGGGCCUGGAGGCCAAGGGCAACAAGCAGGACCUGAUCCACCGGCUGCAGGCCUACCUGGAGGAGCACGCUGAGGAGGAGCCCAACGAGGAGGACGUGCUGGGAGAGGAGAUUGAGGAGGAGGAGCCCAAGGCGCCGGAGCCGCUGAAGGUGGAGGAGGCGCCGGCGAAGUCGCCCGACGUGAUCCAGGAGAAAAAAGUGGUGAAAAUCUCCUCAGAAAUCUCCCAGAUGGAGAGGAUGCAGAAAAGGGCCGAGAGGUUCAACGUCCCCGUCAGCCUGGAGAGCAAAAAGGCAGCGAGGGCAGCACGGUUUGGCUUGGCCACAAUUCCCACAAAAGGGCUCUCAGGAGACUCCAAACCCACGAUAAACCUGGAGAAGCUCAAGGAAAGGGCCCAGAGGUUCGGCCUCAACGUCUCCUCCCUCUCCAAGAAGAGUGAGGAGGAUGAGAAGCUGAAGAAGAGGAAGGAAAGGUUCGGGAUCGUCACCGGGGCCGGCGCCGCUGAGGACUCCGAGGCAAAGAAGCGGAAAAGGGCGGAAAGGUUCGGGAUCGUCUGAGGUGCUCCGGCCUCUCCUCAGGUGGGCCUUGCCUGAACCCUUCCCCUGUUGAAGACUCGAGCUGCCAGGAUUUGGAAUUUCGGGAAUCUCCUCCCGGAGCCGUGGGA